AUCCUACACACGCACAUUAGGGACAAUUUACAAUUUUACUGAAGCCAAUUAACCUACAAACCUGUACAUCUUUGGAGUGUGGGGGAAACCAGAGUUCCUGGAGAAAAAACACACGAUCACGAGGAGAACGUACAAACUCCACACAGACAAGCACCUGUAGCCAUGAUCGAACCCGGCUCUCUGACGCCGUAAGGCAGCAACUCUACCGCUGAGCCAACGUACCACCCUGUUCUUUGUUGUACUGCUCUAUGUUCUAAUGCUGACAUGCACUGCCCUGAGCACUUGUGCAAAAAGUACGCUGCACUGCUCACAGUUCAGAAGUGAAUAGGAAGAGCUGGAGGAAGGAAAAUAAUUGGUUAGGGGCAGGGAACUAAUAUUCUUUUCUCAUUCCUAGUGACCAUCAGAAAAUCCCCCUGCAAUAAAUGACAUUUUCUUUUUUUUCACCGAGCACCAUUUUUCAUUCAGGGUAUUACCCUGGGACUCUUUCGUGAAAAUAAGUAUUACUUUCUUGGUAGAUUUGUGUCAACAAGUUUAUUAUUAGAGAAUCAGGGAUUUGUUUUGCAAUGGGCACAUUUAUUUCUGCUGAAUGUCUCGAGUCUGAGCUCACCGGUGAACAGUCCUCCGACCACUGGGUGGUGCAGUGGUUCAGCAGGUGGCGCUGUUGUGGGCAGGAUUCGAUCGGGAUAUCUGCCGCUGUCUGUGUGGAGUUUGCAUGCUCUAUCUGUGACCGAACAUAGAAGAGAGCAGAAGAGAGAGAGUUUAACAUUCUCCCCGUGACCUGCGUGGGUUUUCUCCGAGAUCUUCACUUUCCUCCCACACUCCAAAGGCGUACAGGUUUGUCAGUUCAUUGGCUUGGUAUAAAAAAAAGUAAAUUGUCCCUAGUGUGUGUAGAUAGUUAAUUUUUAGUUUAGUUUAGAGAUACAGCACGGAAACAGGCCCUUUGGCCCACCGAGUCCGUGGCGACCAGCGAUCCCUGCACACUAACACUAUCCUACACACACUAGGGACAAUUUACAUUAAUACCAAGCCAAUUAAUGUGCGUGGAUCGCUGGUCAGCACGAACUCGAUGGGCCGAAGGGCCAGAUUCUGUGCUGUACUAAACUGAAGUAAAGUAAGUGUUAGUGGAUCCAGGAGAGUGAGUGAGUGUGAUGGGGCCGGGCAGCGGCUGGGGAGAGGGAAGGCCGUGUAUGGCUCCUCUGGUUCAAGCUGUGCUGAAAGUGCUGGGAAAGUUUCCAGGAGAUUAAAUCAUCUUUCGGUUCUGUUGAAAAGCCGUCAACCUGAAUCAUUAACCGCUUCACACCCGGCCUCACCUGAUGUGUCUCUGCAGCAUUUCCUGUAUUCAAUUUGAGUAGCUGCCUCACAGCGCCAGAGACCCGAGUUCCUGACUAUGGGUGCUGUCUGUAUGGUGUUUAGUUUAGUUUAGAGAUACAGCGUGGAAAUGAUCCCUCGUGUGUGUGUGUGUGUGUGUGUAGCUUAGUGUUAGUGUGCGGGGAUCACUGGUCACAUGGACUCGGUGAGCUGAAGGAAAUGUUUAUACGCUGUAUCACUAAACUAAACUAAAAAAUAAACUUUGGUUUAGUUUAUUAUUGUCACGUUUACCAAGAUACAAUGUAAACUGUUUUUGUUUUUCCAUCAGCAGGAAGUCUAUAUGUGAUUACAACCAAGCCGUCAGAUGCAGGUACAGGAUAAAGGGAAUAAUGUUUAGUGCAAGAUAAAGUCCAUUAAAGUCUGACUAAAGAUAAGGAAGUUGAGAUGUGUUGGACAGAACUACAGAUGCUGGUUUAAACUGAAGACAGACACAAAUAGCUGGAGUAACUCAGCAGAUCAGGCAGCAUCUGUGGAGAGAAGGAAUGGGUGAUGUUUCGGGUGGAGACCCUUCUUCAGACUGAGAGUCAGGGAAGAGGGAAACUGGAGGUAUGAAAAUGUACAGAAGAAAUCAGAGCUGGGACCGUCAGCCAAAGAGCCCACAAUGGUCCAUUGUUGGCUGUGGAGGGGGUGAUAACAAAGGGAUACAAACAGUGAAACUAGCAGGAUAACUAGGGUGGGGGAGGGAUGGAGAGAGAGAGAGGGGAUGCAAGGGUUACUUGAAAUUAGAGAAAUCAAUAUUCAUACCGCUGGUUGUAAGCUGCCCAAGCGAAAUAUGAGAUGCUAUUCCUCCAAUUUGCGUGUGGCUAUUGUCAGUAACUUGUAAACGGAUUCACCGUUGAAAUAUCAAUGCAUUCACUGUGUUGCAGGGUGACAAGACGGGUGGCUGGGCUGCUCCAAUGUGCUUUGCUGCUUUUGUGUUGCAGAACAGUGUCGCCGUCUAGCCUCACAGUGACGGGGAUUGUGGGUGAAAGUGCCCUCCUGCCCUGUCUGGACACCAACGUGGGGAAACAAGCCAACAAUGAUAUUCGUGUUUACUGGCAGGUGGCCACUCAGUUAAUCCAUUCCUUCCAUAAGGGCAGAGAGGACAACACAUUGGGCCUGGGCACCAGGGCAAGGCUGUUCACCGCAGAGUUCAAACAUGGCAACUUCUCCCUUCUUCUCACCGACCUCCGAGUGAGCGACGCAGCCACGUACACAUGCCUCAUUCAGUUGAAACUCCCCACUGAGGGCAACAGCGUGGUUCUACGAGUUACAGUCACACUACAAAUAGCAGCCCACUUUGCCAAGCCGACCCUGAGUACGCAUCUGUCGGAGGAACAGCAAGGUGCAGGAGGGGUGCUGAGGCUGACCUGCUCCUCCUGGGGAGGGUAUCCAGCCCCAGCGGUGGGCUGGACCUGCGGGUCCCUGAACCUAGAUCCGAACAGCACGGCCACAACCCACACCGACUGCUCCCCGCAGAGACUGUGCAACGUAACCUCGUUCCUGUGGGUGUCUGCUGGAGUACACUGCAUCACCUGUAGCAUUCACAACACCAGGCUGAAGGAGAAACAAACUGAAACCUUUACCGCAAUGUCGCCGUCUAGCCUCACAGUGACGGGGAUUGUGGGUGAAAGUGCCCUCCUGCCCUGUCUGGACACCAACGUGGGGAAACAAGCCAACAAUGAUAUUCGUGUUUACUGGCAGGUGGCCACCCGGUUAAUCCAUUCCUUCCAUAAGGGCAGAGAGGACAACACAUUGGGCCUGGGCACCAGGGCAAGGCUGUUCACCGCAGAGUUCAAACAUGGCAACUUCUCCCUUCUUCUCACCGACUUCCGAGUGAGCGACGCAGCCACGUACACAUGCCUCAUUCAGUUGAAACUCCCCACUGAGGGCAACAGCGUGGUUCUACGAGUUACAGUCACACUACAAAUAGCAGAGAAUACGAAGGGAAUGGUUGUGUCGAAGAGAGCCAAACGUUUCUGGUGGGUUGAGCUGAUUGCCAUCGCUGCUAUGAUAGUGCUGCUGCUGCUCUGCCUCUCUCUACGAAAUGUCUUACUAAAUGGUGAGUGUUUUAAACUCUAUAAUUUAGCGAAAUUAGACAUAAGAGCAGGCUAGAAGGUUUGACUUGGUAGACACAAAAUUCUGGAGUAAUGCUGGACUCCAUCAUCUUCAGUGUAAACCACAUCUGCACAUCCUUGAGAUAGACACAAAAUGCUGGAGUGGACUUCCGGGUUGAACAUGGAAUGAACAAUUUUUGAGAUAAGCCACUAUUAAACACUAUGAAGGACUCGAGGCAGUAUUAAGCACCUGAUACAAUAAGUAAAAUGAGCCGUCGAGCUAAAACUGGAGGAAAAGACGGCAAAAUCUCAAGCAAGAGUGCUGCAGCUUUGGCACCGCUGCCUGAAUCUGGCCUUGAACUACCAGAGGAUCUCGAGAGGCUUCGUUCAGCACUCCUUGCCGAUAUGACACAAGCGGUUAACUCUGUCCUAAAAAGAGAACUUGAAGUGGCUUUGUCGCCGGUGAACACCAGUCUGGAGCAAGUUAAAUCCUAUUACGAAAUGCAUGAUGAACACAUUCGCGAGGUUGAAGACGGCCUGAAUGACCACAGUGAGACUGGUGAGCGCUGAAACUGCCAUAGGUACAACGGAGUGAAAAUGCGCUUCUGAAAGUGAAGCUAGAUGACCUCAAGAACCGCUCGCGGAGAUCCAACCUAAAGGUGGUCGGGAUUCCCAAAAGGUUGGAAGGUUCGGACCCUGUUAAAUUUAUGACUGAGUUUUUUGGAGAAGUGCUGGGGGCUGAUUUCUUCCCAAGACCUUUUAUGCAUUCGCAUGCCCACCGAAUUGGACCAACACUAACGAACGUCCCGAAUAUCAAGCCAUCUAAGCCAAGAAUGUUCCUGGUUCUCUUUCAUUACUUCCAGGAUCAAUAUCGUAUCAUCACCAAACGGAGGCAGGAACUGUCCUUCCCAGGGCACUGGGUGUUUUUUCAUGAGGAUUUCAGCGCGGAGCUGGGGAGAAAACGUGCAACUUUUAGUGAAAUAAAAUCCCUGCUCUACGAGAAAGGGGUUUGGUUUUGCCUCCUGUAUCCUGCCCGGCUCCAGGUCACUCAUGAAAGUAAAAAGCACUACUUCGAUACACAAGAGGCUGCCAAAAUGUUUAAUUACUCGCGCUGGGGAGGUGACGGCCGUGAAGAACAAUGACCUUUUAGGAUAUCCACGCGGCAUUGGCACGGCCUCCUGCGGCAGUAAACUGGUCAUCUUUGUAAGAUUUGUUCAUUCUUCAGUUUAAUUUUGUGGAACUCGACUGAGCUGAACUGCCAUGCUACAGAAUUUGAGUAGUGAGUUGAGGACUUUUAAAUUGCUCUCUGGGAUACAAUUUUUUACUUCCUUCUUUCUCGUAAUGCUUUGCUUGUCCGGGGUUAUAUUUAGGCUAUAUAUCUUAAAAGUAGAACAAACGACUGUACAACUUUCAAAGAAGGGAGCCACCCUCAAUUGGAUCUAAAAUUUUAGUUAGGGAACACUUUGGAAGUUUUUUGUUUUGUAAUGCCUGCGAUUGUCCUCAGUUGGGGAAGAAGAUCUAGGUUUUUGGGGGUUAAAUGUUUUUUUUGAUAUUGUAAGGGGGAUGAGGGAAAGGUUUUGGGGUAAUGGCAGCUUAUUCUUUGAUAGUUACAAAUGCGCUCGACUUUCUUUUUUCUUUUUUUUCCCCAUUGUGGGCUCUCACAUGCAACCUUUGCGUUGUUUUGGAUGGCAGACCCUGUAUGUAUUUUUGAAACGUAUAUUUUGAAAUAUGGCUAAUGGUGAUAUUGAUGGAGGCUGUGAGGUUUAUAUCUUGGAAUGUAAAGGGGCUUAAUGGUCCUGUUAAAAGAGCUAAAGUUUUUUCUCAUCUGAAACAACUAAAAACAGAUAUACUACUUCUACAAGAAACUCGCUUAAGACUGGAAGAUCAUAAUAGACUGUGUAAAACGUGGGUUAGUCAGAUCUUUCACUCCAGAUUUAAUAGCAGGUCCAGGGGUGUGGCAAUAUUAAUCAUCAAAAGAAUACAGUUUACACCGUCCGACAUAGUCAGUGACCCUAAUGGCCGGUUUAUUAUAGUUUCCGGGUGUCUUUUUCAAAAACCUGUCGUCUUAGUGAAUGUUUAUGCCACUAAUUGGGAUGAUGUUCACUUUGCAAAUAAGGUUUUGUCAUUAAUACCCGAUCUGAACACGCACCAACUAAUUUUUUCCGGAGACCUGAUCUGUGCUAUUAAUCCACUGCUUGAUAGGUCUAGUUCUAAGGGGACACCUUCUGGUUUGGCAAAGGCCUUUUCACUGUUUAUGCAACAAAAUGGUUAUGUGGACCCCUGGAGAUUCCUGAACCCAACUGCUAGACAAUUCUCUUUUUUCUCAUGUUCACCGUUCUUUUUCCAGAAUAGACUAUUUAUUCACGACAGCCCCUUCAUUCCUAUGGAUCAUUCCUAUGCGAUCAUCUCUGACCCCUCUCACCCUGGCCACAAACUCUUUGAAUCACUUCCUUCUGGAAGGCGACUCCGGACUUUCAAAGCUGCCACAGCCAGACAUAAAAAUAGCUUUUUUCCAUGAGUAGUAGCUCUACUGAAUAACCAAAAAUAUGUAGCCUCCUUUUGUUCUGGUAUUUUAUUUAAUUCACAUGUUUAAUCGAUAAUGUUUUCUUCUUAAUGCUUAAUGUUUUAUGUGUCAUUCUUAAUUGUCACUGUGUGUCAUGUUGUCACUUGUGAGCGGAGCACCAAGGAAAAUUCCUUGUAUGUGAACAUACUUGGCCAAUAAACUUAUUCAAUCUAGUCAAGAGUGUUUUAUUGUCAUAUGUCCCAGAUAGAACAAUGAAAUUCUUACUUGCUGCAGCACAACAGAAUAUGUAAUCAUAAUAAAUAAUAACAAAAACUCCGGAAAAAAAGAACAAACAAUAACAGUGUAAUAAUAAUAAUAAUCAUCAUUGCAUAUGAGGUUGUUGUGUUUAAUUGCCUGAUGGCUGUAGGGAAGCAGCUGUUCCUGAACCUGGAUGUUACAGUUCUCAGGCUCCUGUACCUUCUUCCCGAUGGCAGUGGUGAGAUGAGUGUGUGGCCAGGAUGGUGUGAGUCUUUGAUGAUGUUGGUUUGUCUUUUUGAGAAAGCGACUACGAUAGAUCCCUUCGAUGGUGGGGAGGUCAGAGCCGGUGAUGGCCUGGGCAGUGUUUACAACUUCUUGCCGUCUUUUCUGCUCCUGGACGUUCAAGUUGCCGAACCAGGCCACGAUGCAAUCCUCUUUGACAUACUGAAUCUCCGUAAUCUUAUCAGGAAGUAGAGGCAUUGUUGUGCUUUCUUUAUGAUUGCAUCAUUGUGCUGGGUCCAAGAAAGAUUGUCGGAAAUAUACACGCCCAGGAAUUUGACAAUAUUCAAUUAUUAUAAUUCCUACACAAAAUAUUCCAUCAGCCCAGUUAACAGAAGGGCGGGUUAGACCGAGUGUUCCCACUGCACAUCAAAGCCAAGAUGCAGAGUGAGUGUCAAGUCCAUGGUGAAUUGCCUGAUAGAGGUUAAUCCAAUUAAUCAUAGUCACAGUGUGGAAACAGGCCCUUUGGCCCAACUUGCCCACACCGGCCAACAUGUCCCAGCUACACCAGUCCCACCUGCUUGCAUUUGGCCCAUGUCCCUCUAAACCUGUCCUAUCUAUGGACCUGUCUAACUGUUUCUUAACGUUGGGAUAGUCCCUGCCUCAACUACCCCCUCUGGCAGCUAGUUCCAUACACCCACCAUCCUUUGUGUAAAAAAGUUACCCCUCAGAUUCCUAUUAAAUCUUUUCCCCUUCACGUUAAACCUAUUGUUCUCUUGUUCUCGAUUCCCCUACUCUGUGCAUCUACCCGAUCUAUUCCUCUCAUGAUUGUAUACAUAUCAGGGCUGCCAACUCUCACGCUUUGAGCGUGAGACUCACGCCCUCAAGCAAACUCUCACGCCCUCACGCUCAUCAGAAAUUUCUCACGCUCAGUGGUGAGAAAUUUUGUGAUCAACGAAAAUGUCAAAACUCGGAUAAACUGCACGGUCCGCGGGUGUUGGAGAGAAGAGGCUGCGGGAGGGAUGGGAGCAGAACCAGCGGCCGGAACAGAUGCGGGGAGCCGGGACGGACGAGUGUUUGCCGGGGCCGGCGUGUCGCUCGCUGCAGCUCUGGCCAUGGAGCAUUCCGGACAGUGCA